CAUGAUGGAUUGAUAAUUCUGAGCAUAUAAACAGCAGUCAAUCGAGAGCAGAAUUAAAUUUACGAUAUGGACUGCAGAAUAAUUAUCCUGUGUCUUUUCUGUACUGCGUAUGCUCAGUAUGGUACUGGAGAGAAGCCUGGCAGGUGCCCCUCAGUAUCUUACAGAGGCAAUUGCUUUUGUAGACCGGGGCGUCAUGGAUGUCACAGUGACUACGACUGCCCUGGAGACAUGAAAUGUUGUGACCGGGGUUGCAGCGUCUGCGGACCAAUUUGUAUGUCUCCGGAGGAUGAUUCACAUGGACCAGGGAGAACUAUUUGUUACCUGCCAAAACAUCUACAAGGCAGCGAAAAAUGCUACGCGAAUUUCCCAAGAUGGUGGUACAAUUGGCAUACAAAUGAAUGCGAACGUUUUAUCUAUGGCGGAUGCAAUGGUACCGCAAACAACUUUGAAACAAGACAAGAGUGUGAAAGACGAUGCAAACGUAGAUACCUCCCCGGCGGUCGUUAACAGCUAUAACACAAUGAAUGAUGACUUCAACAUCUGUGAAUAAAUUGCAAUAGAAAAAUACUUGUUUCUUAUAAUUG